AUGGGUGCCACGCCUCCCCCUGUCCUCAUCUCCUCGCAUCCUCCCCCGGUCCUGCUCGCUGCGUCCGGAUGGCGUCUCACCUGCGAGCCUUUACUGCCUUUGAUGCCAGUCCCUUUCAAACCAGAGCCAGCUGUCCAUCAGUGGGAGCUGCACUCUCAAACGCCUGACAGAACCGUCCAAUCAGCAGCAGGCCUGGAUUUGGUCCCCGUGUUCCCACACGCUUACGGCUCAGUGCUGCCCCCUGCUUUUGGGAAGCGUUGGGUUGAGAAGAGGAUCCCAGCCUACCAGGUUUACCUGAAUGCUGCGCUCACUCUCGACUCGGCUUGGACCAGUCCUGAGGAAAUGGGGAUUUUCCAGCGGCAUGGAAAGCCGUUGAUGAUGACAAAUCAAGUGGCGGUGAACAUAUUUAGGCCAGUUCCAGCCUCCAGGAAUAUUCACGCACUCUCUCUGUCUCCUCAGCGUGUGUCAGGGUGUCCAGUUUCUAUCAAGCAGCUGAGAAGCAACAAGAGGACUGGGCUGAGGACAUCUGUCGGGCUGGAGCCAGAGGUGUGCCACAGACCUCCACCCACCUCCACCCGGCCUUUCCGUCUCCUGACCCUGGCCCCAAUCAAGAGGCCCGUCUGGCCUUCACCUGGCUCAGGGCCGUCAAAGUCCAGACAGGUUGGCCCGGUAACGGCAACGCAGGUUGCCACGGUAACCUCGCUCUGUCCACCGGCAGUGAAGUUUGUGGCCACCGACUGGAUUGGUCAACCAGUGCCAGAUAAGAGUUCAGAGAUACGACCAGAACCAACUCUGGACCUGUGUGAAGACCAGAAGCCAGCACUGGGUGGAAACAAUAAUGGGGAUGACCCUUUAGAGAUCAACACGGAGGCGGGCGGCACCCAGAAAGACAAGCGUCCAGUGGCAUCGACCCCUGUCCCCGGAUCACCCUGGUGUGUGGUGUGGACUGGAGACGACAGAGUGUUCUUCUUCAAUCCCACCAUGCAGCUGUCAGUGUGGGAAAAGCCAGUGGAUUUAAAAGGCCGCGGGGAUCUCAGCAGGAUUAUGAAAGACCCUCCGCACAAACGCAAAAAGGAAGAAUCAACAGGAGAGGAAUCCAGCUCAGCCUUGAUUGAUGACGAAAGUGUGGAGCAGAUAAUCAAGAGGAAUAAAAUGGAGGAGCCUGCUGUGCAAUCCGAUCAGCAGAAGGCAGAAGAGGAAUUAAGUGCCAAAAUAUCGCCUGGUCGCACCACACUCCCUUUAGAAGUGCGCAUCUCCCACUUCAGAGACAUGCUUCUCGAAAGAGGGGUGUCAGCAUUUUCAACCUGGGAAAAAGAGUUAUACAAAAUCGUGUUUGAUCCUCGAUAUCUCCUACUGAGUCCUGAUGAAAGAAAACAGAUUUUUGAGCAGUUUGUCAAGAUGAGGAUGAAAGAAGAGCAUAAAGAAAAAAAGAGCAAACAACAACAAGCAAAAGAGGAGUUUCGCAAACUUCUGGAGGACUCAAGAAUUACAUCAAGGUCAACAUUCAAGGAGUUCUCUGAGAAGUAUGGCAGAGACCAGCGAUUCAAACGGGUUCCGAAAAAAAAAGACCAGGAACAUCUCUUCAGUCAGUUUGUCAGCGUGCUGAAGAAACGAGACAAAGAAAACAGACUACGACUGCGGAAGAUGAGAUGAGAAGGACAUUCUCAGCACUCCUUCCUUCUGGAACACUUGCUUAGAAAAAAAAAGAAAACAGAAAAUUAGUACCCUUGUAUCACAAUCUGUGUGGAAACAGAUAAUGAUUCCUCUUUCCGUCUUCUUCUUUUUAAACCAUGGGUGUCUGAUUUAGUCAGUGAUCAGAGAUUUAAUGUUUCAUAUUGAAGCUUUUUGCAGUACUUCAGGUGUUGUGGUGAAAACUGAUGAAACAAUGUGCUCAUUAGA